UCUACUCUCGAAUUAGAAACCCAAAGACGGUGCUAAGGUAAAGGCGUCUUGCUGUAAACCGCGCUCAUCUCACCGACUCCCAAGAUCGAUCGGCCUAGGGUUUGCUCUCUCAUCCAUCCCAAAUUCAAAGCUUCUUUAAUGGAGACAACCAAUUUUCACGAUAGCAACCUCUAUAAUUUCGUUGACGGCAGAAGCAUCGACUUUCGCCAUGAUGUUAGUCGCAGUUUGCAAAUGCACUCAUCACUGUUACGACGGCUCACCCAGGAGGCAGAAUUGGAGGGGCACCAGGGUUGUGUGAACACUGUGGCCUGGAACUCAAGAGGCUCACUUUUGAUAUCUGGAUCUGAUGACACAAGGAUUAAUAUUUGGAACUAUCCAAGCCGCAAGCUUUUGCAUAGCAUAGAGACUGGGCAUUCUGCUAAUAUAUUCUGCGCAAAAUUUAUCCCUGAAACUUCUGAUGAGCUUGUCGCCUCUGGAGCUGGAGAUGCAGAAGUUCGGCUGUUUCAUUUGUCUCGCUUAAGUGGGAGAGGACCAGAUGAGAAUGCUAUUACCCCAUCUGCACUGUUUCAGUGUCACACUAGGAGAGUAAAAAAAUUAGCUGUGGAAGUUGGAAACCCUAAUGUGGUAUGGAGUGCAAGUGAAGAUGGAACCUUGAGGCAGCAUGACUUUCGGGAGGGUGCUUCCUGUCCCCCAGCUGGGUCUUCUCACCAAGAGUGUCGGAAUGUUCUGCUUGACUUACGGUGUGGAGCAAAGAAAUCGCUAGCUGAUCCUCCCAAACAAUGCCUUAAUUUAAAAUCAUGUGAUAUCAGUUCCACUAGGCCUCAUUUGCUCCUUGUUGGUGGCAGUGAUGCAUUUGCUCGUUUAUAUGAUAGAAGGAUGCUGCCGCCACUGACAUCCUGUGGGAAAACGAUGACACCACCUCCUUGUGUUAACUAUUUCUGCCCAAUGCAUCUUUCUGAUCAUGGUCGGUCAAGCUUGCACCUUACCCAUGUUACAUUUAGUCCAAAUGGAGAAGAGGUUCUCAUUAGUUAUAGUGCAGAGCAUGUUUACUUAAUGGAUGUAAAUCAUGCCUGUGGAAGCACCGUGUGUUACGCUCCAGGAGAUGCUUUAAAGCUAAUGAACCCUAGUCCUAUACUGGAUGGGAUAGGAUUUGGAUCACCAGUGUCUGAUGCAUUCACAAAUGAUUUUUCCAUGAAAAGCAAUAUUGCUGCUAAGCUUGACAAGUGCAGGAAACUGGUUCAAUUUGCAGAAAGAUGCUUAAAGGAGGGGACAGAUUAUUUCUAUGGAAUUGAGGCUUGUAAUGAAGUUUUGGAUGGACAUACUCAUGAGAUUGGGCCUACACUAAAGCAUGAUUGCUUGUGUACACGUGCUGCGUUACUCCUCAAGCGGAAGUGGAAAAAUGAUGCUCAUAUGGCUAUAAGAGAUUGCAAUAGAGCUCGGAGAAUUGACACUUCUUCUUUUAAGGCACUCUUCUACAUGUCUGAAGCUUUAUUGCAGCUGAACAAACAUAAAGAAGCUCUGGAAUUUGCUGUUGCAUCUCAAUGUUUGGCCCCUUAUGAUUCUGAAGUGGCAGAAAGAGUGGAGGAUAUAAAAAAGCGUCUUGCUGCAGCCGAAGCUGAGAAAAGUAACAAGUCAAAUGAUGGAGUACCUAGGUCUGAAACUAGAUCUGGAAGAUUUCUAUCAUUGAGUGAAAUACUCUACAGAUCAGAGGCAAAUAGUGAUGCUUCACAAGACGGGCCAAGAUCUGAAAGAGAAGAUUCUGAUUAUGAUGAGGAAUUAGAGUUGGACUUUGAAACAUCGGUAUCAGGUGAUGAAGGACGAGAUGUUGAAUCUAACAUUCUUCAUGGAAGUUUAAACUUGAGAAUUCAUCGAAGAUGUGAUUCAGCUAGAGAAACAAGUGGUACAAAUGGUGCAUGUGGAUCUCCUACAUCAUCAAGAAAUGAUAAAACAACUUACCAGCCUGAGACAGCGAUUGACAUGAAACAGAGAUAUGUUGGUCACUGCAAUAUAGGAACUGAUAUAAAACAGGCUAGUUUUCUUGGCUGUAGAGGUGAAUAUGUUGCCAGUGGAAGUGAUGAUGGAAGAUGGUUUAUCUGGGACAAGAGAACUGGUAGACUAAUAAAAAUGCUUAUGGGAGAUGAACAUGUCGUGAACUGUGUGCAGUGUCAUCCAUUUGAUUGUACUGUAGCCACCAGUGGGAUUGAUAACACAAUAAAGAUAUGGACUCCAAGUGCUCCUAUCCCAUCCAUUGUAGCUGGGGGAGCUGCAGGACCAGAGACAGCAGAUGUGUUGGAAGCUAUGGAGAACAAUCAACGGAAAUUAUGCCGAAACCGUGAUGCGAUCCUGCCCUUUGAGCUUCUGGAGCGUUUCCGAAUGCAUGAUUUCGGUGAAGGAACCUUGCAUCCAUUUGAGUGCUCUCAGAGCUAAGCUUGUUCCUAUAUGACUUUGCUGAUGUCUGGGAAUAUCGAAGGACUGGUGGGAAUCAGACUCAUGGGGUGGUGGUGGUGGUAGUAGUUUAGCUAGGCUAUGUAAAUGUGUUGGGAGGUUCCCAAGAAUAAGUUUGAGAGUUGAACAAAGCAUGGUUGUAUUGUUUGGCCAGUGCCUGCUUUUUCUUGCGUUGCUUAUGAUAAGGUCUAUUUUGUUAGUUCAUUUUUUCUUGCUUUUGAACAUUCCAUUUGUUAAUAUGCUUGCCCAAACAUUCCUGUACAGUUGAGGGUUCUCCUCAGUGAUAUGAAAAUGUUAAUAUCUUUCCGGUGCAGGUAUUUUGUUUA